ACAUGUAGAUAAAGCGAGCGGUGCGACCGGCGGAACGCUUCGGCCGGCGCGCCGUCUGGGAAGGUUUCCCUAAAGAUAAGUACUAAGACUUGCAUUGCAUGCCACAGCCACAGCCAGAACAAAAGCCUUGCCAUUUGCUAAAUAUCGGUGCUAUAACAUGGACAUCUAUUUCGAUCGAACUUGGACAUGGGUUCUGCACUCUCUGAGAAAACUGUUUGGAAGGAUCACAGAUUCAGUUCAGGAUGAAUUUACAGCUCAAUUUCUGCGCAAUUUAUUUUUCAGCCAAGCAGAUGUGCUUUACUUUUACAUCACAAGGAAAACGAAACGACUGAUGGUACAGGCAUAUAGCAUCGCAUGCCAUGCACUACUGCGGAUGUUAAUGACUUCUCGGCUUGACCAGCAUCUUGCAAUGGGUACGGGUGGUGUGUGUGCCACGUUUUCUGAAUAAUGCAUGCUGCUUAAUUAACUAUAGUUUUCUUUCUCUUGCAUGAAGUAAUCGAUUUAUGAAAGUAAAUGCCCCAUUAACAACGCAAGUUAAUAAACCCAUAAAAACCCCUUAGUUUGUGGCCAUUAAGGGCCAUAAGGCCGGUCUUGUCAAGAUAUAAUGUGACACGCCAUGCCAAUGUCUCCUCUUCCGAGAGAUGCAGGUAGACAGGAACCAGCAUCCGUCCGGUCCCUCUUCCCCCUCACCCCCACCCCUAGCAGUAGCCAGCUCCUGAAACCCCUCCAUGGAUUUCGGUUGCUUCCAGCCCCACGCAGGGAGCUGCGAUGACAUGCCGCUUGAUUUCCAUGUGCAGCAGAGUGCCCACUAUGAUCUCCACUCCCUUGAUCGUUCGUUCGAACCUGUCGGUGGAUCGAUCGGCCCCUUUGCGGCCUUCUAUCCUGACUACUACCAGUACCCACAAGGCGUGACGACGAAAGCUGUCAUCAGUGGGGACUCUUCAUCAUCAAUCGUUCAUAGUUCUGGACCUCACGUGCCUCUGCUGACACCAAAACUUGAGGUUUCACAACUCAUGGGAGGCGGCCUUGGAUCAUACAAGACCUAUGAGAUGAGCCGCAGGUUUUUCCCAAGAAAGAAGGCCUCCAGUAAGGCUCUCAAGAGGGCUAAUGUUGUCAAAGGGCAAUGGACACUGGAAGAAGACAGGAAGUUGGUGAAGUUAGUGGAGCAGUUUGGAUUGAGGAAGUGGUCUCAGAUAGCGCAAAUGUUGCCUGGAAGAGUUGGAAAGCAAUGCAGAGAAAGAUGGCACAACCAUUUGAGACCUAACAUCAAGAAAGAUACAUGGAGUGAGGAGGAAGACAUGGUUCUAAUACAAACACACAAGGAGGUUGGCAACAAAUGGGCAGAGAUAGCUAAGCGCCUCCCUGGGAGAACUGAAAACUCCAUAAAAAAUCAUUGGAAUGCAACCAAGAGAAGGCAGUUUGCACGGAGGCGGACCCGCACAAGCGCCAAGAAUAUCAAAUCUGGGACCCUUCUGCAGAACUACAUCAAAAGCCUUGGAAUUGGCUCUAGCAAGGUCACUGCUGCUCCUCUAGCCCCAAAAGAACCUCCACUGUCACCAUCUUCACCAGCACCCCCAACACAAAAUCUGGCACAGGUGAAUGACAGUUGGUCAGAAUCCAACCCAUCCAACACAAUGAUCACCCAGGGACUAUUCAGCACAGAUGACAGAGAGGCUGACUCUUGUGAAGAAGUUCUAGUCCCUACAUGUGAUGAUUUUUCUGUUGACAUGUGUGAUGGUUUAUUUGACACAAAGGAGGAUGCGCAAUACCCGGUUUACAGCAUAGAUGAUGAUGUUGACAUGGACUAUAUCUUCAACCAUAUGGACUACACUAUUAAGAUUGACCAUGAGAUAGAUAUGGAGAUGGCGUGGUGUGAUGACGCACUCACAAACAUUGAAUCUGGAUCAUCGCUAUUGGUGACAGCGGUAGGUCCAACAGAAAUCAAGACUGUCCAGGUGAAGGAGGAGAUGGAUCUAGUUGAGCUGGUCACACGUACACAGACUUGA